GAAACCGUAGACACCGUAAAAUUGGAGGAGAGAAAGAGGGAGUAGGAGUUGUAGUUGACCCUUAAACCUCAUCUCUUGUAACUCUCUUUGGAUAUUGUAAUAUUCCCCAUCUACCCCUAGAUCUCCUGCAUUUCGGAGAUGGCGGAUGCGCAAUCCAGAUACGUUAAACUGACCAAAGAUCAGGAUCCUUUGCAGGAUAUCCAACCUGGUGAACUUAAUCAGCCAAUUGAUGUUCCUCAUGUCUUUCUCUCUCUCCCAAUUUUCUUUUAAGUGUUUCUUGAAUGCCCGCUUGAAAUAAGAAUGAUAAUAUGUGAGGAUAGCGGGAUAGAUGUUUCAUUUAGGUUUGUAAUUAUAGGAUCGAAUCCAGUCUGAAAUUUGGAGCAUGCUAUUGCUUGAAAUCCGCGAAUUUUGCGCUCGAUUUACCGGCUGUUGGAAUCCUUUUUUUUGGAGGCCAUUUAGAUCUGUUCGGAGGAUAUUAAAGAAAGAACCUUGUCAAAUUUGUGUGUCCGAAAGUGCAACGAAUGUGGACAGGCUUUACCUGAAAACUUUUAGCCACCCGCUGUUGAACCUUGGACUACUGGAAUUUUUGGCUGUGCUGAAGAUACAGAAAGUUGCUGGACUGGACUAUUUUGUCUGUGUUCUAUUUGGGCGUAAUAUUGAGAGCUUGAGAGAUAAUACGCCUUGGACUACACCAUGCAUUUGUCAUGCUAUUUGUGUUGAAGGUUGCAUGGCAUUGGCAGCUGCAACAGCGGUCUUCCAUGGUAUUGACCCAAAGACAUCAUUUCUCAUUUGCGAGGGUUUGUUGUUUGCUUGGUGGAUGUGUGGAAUAUAUACCGGUCUUGCACGGCAAUCCUUACAGAAAAAGUAUCAUCUCAAGAAUUCACCCCGUGAUCCGUGCAGGGUGCACCGCUGCAUGCAUUGGUGUGCUUUAUGCCAGGAGCAUAGAGAGAUGAAGGGAAGGCUAUCAGAUAACUUUGUCAUGCCGAUGACUGUUGUCAAUCCUCCCCCUGUUCAAGAGAUGAGCUCUUCCAAUGAAAACAGUGAUUCAUCGCCACCCUCCGGGACAAGCACUAACUUGGAGAUGCAACCUCUCUAAGCUCCGACAUUCUUCGUACAAGAAAAAAGGCAUAUCGGUGAACGGUUUUUAUUUAAGAGGGGUUUUAUUUUCAGAUUCAUGUCUUGUUUCUCUGUAGAAUUGGCUAAUCUUCACAAAAGUUCUUCCAUACACUUUGCAUGCUGCUU